CCACUUGCUGGAAGGCGGCAGUAUGAACAGCGCAUACUAAACUCACACAUGUGUGUCUCUGACCAUUGACGAGGAACGUUUAGUUGUCGAGGUCACGUGACCGAAACGAGGGAACUCUGAGGACACCUUGAGCUCACCUGCCACAUUUCUUUCCUCUUCUCUCUCUCUCUCCAGGUUCAUCUGUGUUUCUCUCUCUUCCUCUGUGCUACACACUAAAGAACAGGAUCCUACACACAGAUCUCAUCAGGUGCUUGUCCCGCUGAGAGACUCCACAGCACCCUUAAGCCAGCAUCAAUCGUCACUGAAGUACCACCACUUAGACAGGACUAAGGAGUGACCCCUUCCCCUCUGGUUCAGAUGGCAGAUGGUCGGCAGCCCGAGGACAGCGGCCCCCAGUGGUCAUCUCCGGGAGCCCAGGGCUCCUCCUCCCCAGGUGGGCAUGGAGAGAACGGCUUCUCUUCUACCUACAGGACUUGCCAGCCUGGUGGUGCCCAUGCUGGUUCUGCCGCCUCCUACACCAAAGAGAACGGCUUCAACGGAGACCUCACCUCUGGACACGCUGUGACUGCUGAGCAAGUAUCAGCGCGGAUCGUGCAGGAGGUUACAGCUGAAGCGGUAUCGGUACUGAAGGGAGAGCAGGAGCUGCAUCCGGACACUGCCGUCAGGCUGCCAUCAGUGGAAGACUCUGCAAACCUGCCGCCCUCACCUCCUCCGUCCCCAGCAGCAGAGCAUUUUGGGCCUUUGGAUCAAGAUGUAGGGGAUGAGGAGGAAGCAGGUCCUCUCCGCCGCUUCCAAAAUUCUCGCGAGAGGUGCAAGUUCCUCGCCCCCUCCAUCUCAGUGUCUGUGCCUGAGGAUGACCCCUACCACUCUGACGAGGAAUACUAUGAGCACCCUUUAUUCAGCCCAGAGUGGACGCGCUCUGGCUCUCGCCCCCCAGGGCAGGCCGCCGCGUUUAGACAGAUCGAAGAAGAGGAGACCAUAGAGAGUCUCUCAGCUGCGGAGGAGGAAGAGGAGGAGACUUCAGAAGCCGCAGCAACAGCAGCAGCUCUAGAGGAAGAGGAGGAGGAGGAAGAGCAGUGGAGUGGGGAGGAGCCUGAGCAGGAACCCCCAUCUGAGCUCCUAGAACGGGCAGAGGUCAUAGGCGAGGCCCAGGCUCUGCCCGGCCUGCAGGCUGAGGUUCACACACAGGCAGCUACUGCUGCUGACGAGGCCACUAAUGGGAGAUCUGAGGAGGCAGGGGGGCAAGAAAGCCCUGCAGAAGCUGUGAAGAUGGAAGCAGAGCGACCAGGCAGUAAAAGGACUGAUCCCAUUGGCAUGGACUUCACUGAAUCUGCAAUUCAUCUAGAUGAUGAACUCCCAUCUUACCAGAGCAUUGCCAGAGACACAGAUAUGCCAGAAAGCCCCUUUGCUGCAACAUGCCCCAUGGAGGAUUUUGGAGUGCCUCCAAGUGACCAGGGUCAUGCCAAAGAACCUUGCGAGGCUCCAACUGAAAAGCCUGAUGUACAAAGUGGUGCUGUGAAACAGCCUUCAACCGAAACGUGUGACUCCAGCAAUAUCCAUGAGGUCAAACCAGAGCAGAUUGAAGACAAACAAAUGGAAAUAACAACUGAGGGUGACAUGAAGGACAAAUCUGGGAUGUCUGCUUAUUUUGAGACCACUACAAUUAAGACACAUGCCUCCGGGUCUCAAGGAGAAGGGUAUUAUGAGCUGAGUACUAAAUCAGAAGAACAGAAUGACUCUGUUGGUGACCUACCACUUACUGAAAUCAGUUACAGCACCUUGGCCCAAACACACUCUUUGGAAGUCCAACCAGAUCUUCCGAAAAGUAGCCCAGACACACUACACACUGCUUUACCUGUAGACAAAAGAGAUGAAUGCAGACUGUCUCCUGGAAAACUGGCACUAGACCAAAGAAGUUACUCUUUAAAUAUCACCAUUGGGGCAAUGGAUCAUGGUGAUGCCCAAGGACAUCCAAGAAACUUCUCUCCGUUAGCCACUGACAUCAUGUCUCAUACUAGUGGGAGCCUUGACGAAUCUGCCGAUUACCUUCCUGUUACCAUUCCCUCACUAGAGAAGCUCCCUCAGUUUCCACCACAGAUCCUGGAGACAACUGCCUCUACCACAACUCCAUCAUCUUCACCUCCCCAGGAAACCGUCACUGAUGUAAAGACAAGUCCAGAGUCAGAGUCUCCAGGAUCCCCUGUCCAAGCUAAGAGCUGUUAUAAGAAUGGCACCGUCAUGGCCCCAGACUUGCCUGAAAUGCUGGACUUGGCAGGUACUCGAUCAAGGUUGACAUCUGACAACACUGACCCAGAGAUUAUGAGAAGGAAGUCUGUCCCAAUGGACAUGUCUUCUCUAGUAAGUGAUUCUUUAGCACAUUUGUUCAAAGGUGACCAGGGCCAGAUGGCUACAAAGAGAGAAAUGCAGUUGGAGGAGCAAGGAUAUUGUGUUUUUAGUGAAUACUCUGGUCCCAUGCCGUCGCCUGCGGAUGUGCACAGUCCAAUGGACUCAUCUCCUCAAAUCUUCAAUACUGUGAUAUCAGAGGAGAAGGAAACUGGUCUUAUUGCAUUUGGACAACAGGAGUGUCCCUCGACUGAAGAUCUGAAACCAACAGAGGUUGUUACACCACAGGCAAAACUAGAAGAAAAAAAGCAGAAUGAAGAAUCCUUUGAAAUUGAAAGUACACCUUCUGAGAAACCUCAUGCAGAGACUAAGCAAGAGGAGUCUGAUCUUUUGAAGACUGAACAUUUGGAAGAAACUAAGAGUCCAACUUUACCUGAUAAUGAGAAAGGACAGUUAGACAAACAAGCUGAAACCUUUAUCACACCGAAGGUGAUGGUAACUCUGGAGGAAGCAAAGCCAGAUUUUGAUGCAGGUUUCACACUUGCAGCUGAAACCGAAGCUGAAAUAGCUGACUAUGAGAGGCAAAUUCGCAAAUUGGAGAUGGAGGACCGACCUUUGAGUGUAGAGGAGGAACGAGAGCUCCAGGAACUCAGGGAGAAGGUGAAGAAUAAACCAGACCUUGUGCAUCAGGAAGCUUAUGAAGAGGUAGAUGCAGAGGAUGCGUACCAGCUCACUGGAGCAGCAAAGGACAGAAUUGCUCGGCCCAUCAGACCAUCCCCAGCAUCUUCUGUAGAAAGUGCUACCGAUGAGGAAAAAAUGCAUGUUAGUGACACUGAAAAACCUAGAUCACCACGUGAGAAAGAAUCGCUUAAAACAGAUCCUAAUAGAUUAUCUCCUGUUGGGUCUUUUGAGAAAUAUUUUAGAGAGGAGAGACCUUCUGAGCAGGAAGUAAAGCAGAAAGAUUCAGUACAGCCCCUCAAAGAGAAAGUUGCUGAGGAGAAGCUUCAGCCAGCUUCUUCCAAGACAGACGAGGCUCCUAUUGACACCACAGUGAAUCAAGAAGUAGAAGAAGAGGUGGAGCUUGCUGAGGAGCCUGCUGAGGAGCCUGAUGAGGUCAUGCCAGAACCAAAACCAGCACUUAAUGUGGAAGAGAAGCCGGUGGUGGAUACAGCUGAACCAGAUGAGGUUGUGGUUGAAAAAGAGGAGGAAAAAGUUGUUGAGAAAGAAAAAGUGGUAGUUGAGGAAAUCUUGGAAGGGGCAAAAGCUGCAGAAGAAACAGUUGAGCCUAGAGCUGCAAUUGAGUCAGUAGUCACAGUGGAAGAUGACUUUAUUACAGUAGUGCAGACCAUUGAUGAGAGCGAAGUCUCUGGACACAGUGUACGCUUCUCAGCUCUCCCUGAGGAGGAACAUCCACAGCUCCUCCAAGAGGAAGAAGAGGAGGAGGAGUCUGUGGAAAUGGCACAGGAAGUUGAGAUGGAGGCCCCCAGUUUGGAGGAAGCCGUAGAUGUUCCAGAGCCCGUUGAGCCUCCUGUAUGUCCAGUUAAGGAGAUAGAAGUACCAGAGAGUGAGGCCCCAACCCAAAGCUAUGAUGACUACAAAGAUGAAACCACCUUUGAUGAUUCCAUCUUAGACAGCUCCUGGGUGGAUACUCAAGAUGAUGAUAAGAGCAUGGCCACAGAGAAAAUUGAACCUCUACCCAGAGUGAUGAGCCCUGUCAAGAAACCACCUGCGGAGAAACCAGUGAAACAGAGGGCUAAAGGCACCAGGACCAAAGGACGAAUCACCACCCCUGAACGCAAACCUGUUCGCAAAGAGCCGGUACCCAUCCAGAAAGAUGAGAUGAAGAAGAAAAAAGCUGUGAUUAAGAAGGCUGAGCUCACAAAAAAAUCUGAUAUUCAGACAUGCUCUCCUUCCCGGAAGAGUGUUUUAAAGGCUACCGUAAGGCACCCUAGACCUACCCAACAUCACGCGUGUGUUAAGCGGAAACCCACAGUGUCUGCAGAUGGUCGACUGCCCUUCAGUGUGGCCAGGCACUCCAGAGACAGAGCAUCUACCUCCAAUCCCACAACACUAACAAAGAUCCCCACUUCUAAAAUUUGGGCAGAGGCUUUGCUGCCAACACGGCCGAACUCGGCCAGCUCCUUCAAUAAAAGGAGCCCAUUGGUGGAGGCAGAUCUUUAUGGGCCCCGCCCUUCCUCAGCGGGCCCACAUGUAUCGCUAAAUUCAUAUGCUGUAAAGGAUGGUGGUUCUCGGAGCCCAGAGAAAAGGUCAUCCCUUCCACGGCCAGCAUCUAUACUAACUCGCCGCCCACACAUGGCUGAUCAAGAGGAGAGCUCCACUUCCAUUACCAGCUCUGGGUCCACUGCACCACGCAGGCCCACAUCAUUCCGUACUGAAGUCAAAGCAGAGCACAGGACAGGCAGGUCUCAUAGUAUGACAGGCGUAGAGACUGCUCGGUCCCGCUCGGCCCGCAGUGGAACCUCCACACCCCGCACACCCGGGUCCACAGCCAUCACCCCUGGAACCCCUCCCAGCUACUCCUGCCGUACUCCAGGCACCCCCCACACUCCAGGCACCCCGAAAUCUCUCAGCCUGCUGUCCCAGGAAAAGAGAGUGGCCAUCAUCCGAACACCUCCAAAAUCCCCAGCGACUACACCCAAACAGCUGCGCAUCAUUAACCAGCCACUGCCUGACCUCAAGAACGUCAAAUCCAAGAUCGGUUCUAUUGACAACAUCAAGUACCAGCCCAAAGGGGGCCAGAUUCAAAUUCAGUCUAAGAAGAUUGAUCUUAGUCAUGUGACCUCCAAGUGUGGAUCCCUGGACAACAUUCGCCACAGGCCAGGUGGAGGUAAUGUGCGCAUUGAGAGUGUGAAGCUGGACUUCAGAGAAAAAGCUCAUGCAAAGGUGGGCUCCCUGGAAAACGCCCACCAUACGCCUGGAGGAGGACAUGUCCAGAUCGAAAGCCAUAAGCUGUUGUUCCGUGAUGUGGCUAAAGCACGCGUGGAUCACGGGGCGGAGAUUGUGAUCGAGACUCUCCGGCUGUCAGGUGGCACCUCCCCUCACCGACACAGCCACAUGUCUUCAUCCGGAAGCAUCAACAUGCUGGAGUCACCACAGCUGGCCACACUGGCUGAUGAUGUGACCGCCGCCCUGGCCAAACAAGGCUUGUGAAUCCCCCAAAACGUCUACAGUAGUCCCCUUCAGUGGUGUCACAGUUCACCUAUCCUCCCUCUGCUAUUUAUGGAACACUACAGAUUCACUUCUCAUAUUCACACUUUCCUCUUCUUCAACCAACAAUCUCGCAGAACCCUGUCGUGACUAUCAGAUAUGGAAAUUUUUUUACCUGUUUCAGUUGAUUUUAUUUUUGUUCAUUUUAAUGAAUAACGACGUAGCUAGAGAGGUACCAGUGCUUUUUAUUACCCAUGUUACAUGUGACUUUUUAUGGUUGCGUACAGACAGUGGCCUCAAAAGCUGGUUUAGGGUCAGCGUCAGGUGUGUUGUGUAAAAGUUGGUCGAUCGGAAUUUUUUAUAUACAGGAAUGUGGCGCGACGAUCUCAUGCUGCACGUGUUAUUUUGCCCAUUCAGUGCAUGGACUCUUCAACAUCUCAACUGCGAGUCACAUACGAUCAAACACGAUAUAUAUUAUAAGGGAAUAUAUUUAUAAAAAAUGCCAGCUCUUCGUCUCAACAUCUAAUGCUCAAUUGAAAAAAAGAAACGAUUACUCCUUCGAUAACUUAUACCUGUACAAUUGCAUUUGAAAAAAUAAAACUAGAUAGUAUGACGAGCAUGUAUUCUAGUACACAAAAGAGGCUAUUUUCUAUUUCAAGGAAUUUUAGUAAGUUAUUUGCUGAAACAUUAAAUAAAAUGAACACAUCAUGUUUUGUAGAUGUUUAGCUUGUACAUUAUUUCGGAUGAGCGCACCUCUGCCUUCGUUGUCGUUAAGAAACCGUUGCUUCCGUGGAUCUUUGUCAGUACACAGUUUAAACAGAUUCGUGCUUCAAUUUACACAAAACGAUGAUGUUACGGUUGUGCAAAGAUAUUCAAGGGCUCCAGGUAUACAUGAAUCAUGGAAGGUCUGCUCAAAUUUGCUCAAAGUGAGGUGUGAACCGUUACCGCCAUUUUUUAGAGUCGAGAUGGGAAUGGAUUGGUGGUGCUGCGGCCCUAAUUUGAUUCUUAAAUGUAGGGAGCAGCUCCUUGGGACUUUGUCGGUGUGUUAGGCCCUGUGUUUGUUUGCUGAUUCCUGCUUGGAUGCUUAGUUUUCUUUCGUAAGAAGUGGAAAAAGAUAGAGAAAUCAAAACAUUAAGAAGGAUGCUCACUCCGCUUGCAUCUGUUUUAACACAGUGCUCCAGUAUAUUUUUUUCUUGUCAUUUGUGGUUCUCCCCUGCCCCUUUUCCUCUAGAACAGCUGUCAUUCGUAGGCUUCUGUGUUUUCUCGGCCCCUCUGAGCCUUACCCACCCUUUCCCUUAUUCCCUCAGCUACUGUAAAUGUAUUUAAAAGGUCACUUAGAUGUACGCAGUUUUUCUCCUGUUGGUAUGAUACGGAUUAUAAAUGCCCUUAACAGUUACGACAAUAAAAAUACAGAAAAUCAACAAAA